AUGACGGUACCUGGCAUACAGCAGGUGUGUAAGAAGGUACCAGAAAUUGGCCCUGACAUCUGUGACUUUGGCAACAACAAAGUACAAGUCAUCCUUCGUUAUCAAGGGAAAUACCAUGAGAACAACAAGGUCAUCAAGUGCAGGAUCAAUAAAGACACUCACCUGUACACUCUCAUUAUUCGCCCCAGUGCUACUUAUGAGGUCAAAAUCGACAAUAAGCAAGUAGCAGCUGGGGAUGUGGAGGACGACUGGGUCUUCUCGCCUCCCAGGAAGAUAAAAGCCCCCUAUGCCCAGAAACCAAGGAAAUGGGAUGAAUGGCUGCAAAUAGAAGAUCCUGAAGAUAAGAAACCUGAGGACUGGGAAGAUGAAUACAUCCCUGACCCGGAUGCCAAGAAGCCAGACAACUGGAAUGAAGCAAUGGAUGGGGAGUGGGAAGGGCCCCUGAUACCAAACUUGAAAUAUAAGGGGCAAUGGAAACCUCGGACCACUGACAAUCCCAAUUACCAGGGGGAGUGGAUUCAUCCAGAAAUAGACAACCCUGAAUAUAAGCCUGACCCCAACAUUUGCCACCAUUACAACAUCAGUGUCCUUGGCCUGGACCUUUGGCAGGUGAAAUCAGGCAGCUUCUUUGACAAUUUCCUUCUUACAAAUGAUGAUGAGUUUGCAGAGGAGGUUGGAAAUAUGACCUGGGGAACAAGAAAAAGGAUGAAGAGAAGCAAUGGAGAGAACUGUAUGAAGAAAUGGAAAAAAGAAAACAGGAAGAAGAGGCCAAGAAGAAAGAGGAAAGGGAAUAUGACAUUUGGGGAAUUGAAGAAAAGGGAAGUGAAGAAGAUUCUGCUGAGGAAUCAGGAAAUGACAGGCAGCUGAAGGAAGAUGAUGAUGAAAGAGCAUUUCUGGGUGAAAAUGUAGAAGUCUGUGUUGACCGGAAGGAUGAACUAUAGCUGGGUAAAAGGUGGUCCCCACUCAGAGGCAAAUGAUACUGCUUAGAAGGAAGAAUGUUCAGGAGUUUGAACAAAAUCUAGGGAGCAAAAUUACUUGCUCUUUUUGAAUGAACACUGAAUUUGUAUUUCUAUCCUAUCAUCUUCGCUCUGUAUGUCUUUGGGAAAGUCCCACCAACUUUAGGGGCUUCUAUUUUCUUGUCAAUGGAAACCUGUUUCAUGAGGUUGUUUUAAGGAUUAAAUUAGUGAUGUGUAUAAAGUGCCUGAUAUAAAUAUUCAGUCAACCAGUAGUAGCUAUUACUACUAUCAUUUUCAUGGUGUUUAUAAAAUUAAUUGACAGUAAAAGAGCUUCUUUAUAAA